CAAACAUUCCACUUAUUAGUGAUUAGCAAUGAAGCUUGCAAUUGUGCUCAUAGUCUGUAUUCAUCUUAAUACAGCCCUGCAGAGAAUUCCUCUAGUAAAAGUCCAAACAAUCCGUCAGCAGCUACGGCAAAAGAAUGAGCUAGAGGAAUUUUGGUUACAUCACCAAUCUCAUGCCUUUGCCCAGAAGUAUACUCAAUGCUUCCCAGAUUCCCUCUCAUUUGCAGCUGGAUCAACAGCAGAAUAUCUGUAUGACUACAUGAAUGCUCAAUACUAUGGGCAAAUUAGUCUUGGGACUCCUCCACAGAACUUCAAUGUGGUUUUUGACACUGGAUCUUCCAACUUGUGGAUCCCAUCCUCUUUCUGCAUCAGUGAAGCAUGCAGUGCGCAUGCAAAAUUCCAAUCUUUUCUAUCCACUUCCUAUCAGCAUGGUGGGAGAACCUUCUCAAUCCAUUAUGGCACUGGACAACUUGUUGGUAUAACUGGUAAAGAUACACUCCGGAUCAGUAACCUGACAAUUGAUGGGCAGGAUUUUGGGCAGUCAGUCAUGGAGCCAGGCAGGACUUUUUUACUGGCACAGUUUGAUGGAGUGUUGGGUCUUGGAUACCCUUCACUUGCUGUUGCUAAUGCAGUCCCAGUGUUUGACCAGAUAAUGGAGAAAAAUCUAGUGGAUAAGCCAAUAUUUUCCUUCCAUUUGAAUAAAGAUAACAAUUUUGAAUAUGGAGGAGAACUCAUAUUAGGGGGGAUAGAUCAUUCUCUGUACAAAGGCCCAAUUCACUGGAUUCCCCUUACGAAUAAGGGCUACUGGCAAAUACGACUUGAUAGUAUCAAAGUUCAUGAAAAAGGAGUACUUUGUCCUAAUGGAUGUGAGGCUAUAGUUGAUUCAGGCACUUCCCUCAUUACCGGGCCUAGUGCUGAUGUAAAAAAAAUGCAGAAAUUCAUUGGAGCUACACCCUUGUUAUAUGGAGAGUACUUUGUAGACUGUAGUCAUAUAUCCAGUCUUCCAACUGUGACAUUCACCAUUGAUAAGAGAGACUACACCAUAUCUCCUGAGCAGUAUGUAAUGAAGGAGCACGCAGGAAAUUCACCUCGGUGCUUGACUGGCUUCCAGCCCAUGGACUUGUCUUCAAAAUCUGGACAACUAUGGAUCCUGGGAGAUAUUUUUAUGUCAAAGUUUUAUAGCAUAUUUGACCGUGAAAAUGACAGGGUAGGUCUGGCGAAAUCCCGCAAAAAGAAACAUAGACUUAGUAAUACGGAAACCACAGGAUCCUUCAAUUUGUAAAUGUUCCAGCUACAAUUCCUAGAUGUUAUAUCAUGAAGGAAAACUAUCACAUUCAUUUUAUCAUGUGAGCUUCACUGUUCUUUACAGAUGCAACAUAUUAUAGCAAUACAUCUGUAUAUUAGCUUAUUCCCUGAGUCAUGGAAUUAGAUUUUUUAUAUACAUACAUACGUUGCAGGAAAUAUAUUAACACUUAUGCUAGUGAAAUGGGGAGGGGGGGGGCAGUUGCUUAUAGCAACUAAUGACUUUACUCCUUUCAUCCUCUAAAACAGGGGUCAGCAACUUCCGCCACUCCAGCUGUGGUAAAACUACAACUCCCAACAUGGUCCAUUCACA